UGUAAGGAAAUCUAAGUUCACGGCGAUACAGCCUUGCCAGCUGUCAGCCAUCGAUUGUAAGAACUUUUGCUGUCUUAGAAAGCAGCAGUACGUACGAAAACAGUAUCUUUUAUUUCUUCUACGUAAUCAAAAUAAUAUACCGCGCUUCGAAUAAAUUUCACCAGGAAUGGAUAGUAAUAUUCAUUACAAUAUGCCUCCACAAACAAAUAGUAACUUAAAUGAGGAACCAUCAUCUCAAAAUGAAAUACCUACACUAGCUGUGUCUGUAUCAGUUAUACAAAAUGAUACAAUCAAUUCGGGAAACAUUGCUGCAGCACAAACUUCAAUUGAAGACCGUAUGACUGGAGGAGAAGACAUUCCACCUCCAAAAGCAGAUUUUUCAGCUCCACCACCUUAUGAAGUUGCCACAAAAUUACCUAGUUAUGAGGAAGUACAACGUGAGAAAACAUUACAAGGGGAACCUUACCCUCAAAUCCACAUGCCUGAAAAUAUUAGAACACCAGCAAGGCCUUUAACAAUAUUGGCUAUAGAUACUGAAGUUGUAGAAGGAGAUCCAGAGAGUACUUUACUUGGCACUGAUUUUAUGUUCUUUACAGCAUUUUUGGUUGCAUUUUGCUUUAAUUGGAUCGGAUUUUUACUCAUGAUGUGCUUCUGUCAUACAAUUGCAUCUCGAUAUGGAGCACUGUCUGGUUUUGGUUUAUCUUUGUCAAAAUGGACAUUUAUUGUUAAACAUUCCACUGAUCUUGCAUCGCGUGAAAAUUCAUGGCUAUGGUGGUUGAUAAUGGGAUUUGGAGUUUUGAUUUGUGCACGUGCUAUUAUUCAAUAUUUGAACAUCAAACGUGGUUGGAGACUACUACCUGGAAGUGCUCAGGAACGCUUACUCUUUUUUUAUUAAGCCAUUAAACUUGCACUUUUAUCUAACUUGGCUUUAGAACAAACAGCAUUUCUAUCUGGGGUUGUAUUUAUAUAAUAUAUAAUCUACACCCUCUAAAAAUAUAUAUUACUUAAUAUUGGCUAUGUACUAUUCUAUUAUUAGAAAAAAGCAAAAUUAAAGUUAUUAAGACUAUUUGCCAAAUUUGCUUAUGUAUGAGAUAAACAGAGCAAGGUAAAAACAGAAAUAAGAUAACUUCUGCACACUAUUUUAUGUAUUAGUACCACAUAGAUAAAAUAAACUGUAAAUUUUUAUUGCUCAAAUAGUAUGGACAAUGCUUUAAUGUGAAACAUUAUUUACAUGUUGUUCAUUUGUACGAAUAGAUACACAUAAGAAUUAUUUCGUGACAUCUGAGAUAUAUGUAAGUUUAUUACAUAUAAAAUUGGAAUUAUGAGUAAAAGAAUUUAUUUUGUAAGAAGAAACAUAUAACCAUUGUCCGUAGACAGGUAUUGAAGUAUAAAAGUUCUAAUAGUGAUAUUGUGUAAUACCUUCUAGUACUAGGUAAGCUUCUAGAAUUUUGAAUAUGAUCUAUAUAUUGAUAAUCUGCAUUGCUUGUUUGUAUAUUACUAUAAUUUAUAGAGAGGAUCCUUAUUGAAUUUAAAAAUAUAAGUUACUCAUAAAAUAUA